AUGUCAAUUGAACAUGGAUAUUGUGAAAUAAAUUUAGAAAGAAUUGAAAAAAAUGAUCAAGCCUAUUGUAUUUCAAAUAUAGAAGAAACAUUAACAACACAAACAAUAAAAACAAUUCUUUCAUCUACAAUUCGUUCAUCUUUUAAAUAUUUUCAUCGACGUCCAUCAUCAUUAUAUCCUCAUCGACAAGCAACACGACAAAAUUAUUCAUCAUUAACAAAUUUAGAUUAUUUACGACAAGUUACUAUAAUUGAAAGUAUUUC